CGGCGGCGAAAGGGGAGGCGAGAAGUCAGCGGACGAGUCCCGGGGAAGGGAGGAGGAGCAGGAGGAGAAGGAGGCGUUGCACUGCAGCACCAGCAGCUCCGGACCAGAGAGGAAGGAGAGGGGAGAGAGAGAGAGACGCGCGCUCCUCGAAGCAGCCGGAGGAAGUGCCGCCGGCUCCGGAUCGCAGCAGCUCCUCUGCCCGCCAAGGCCGUCUCCAAGCGGGGCGCCAAAGCUCCCUACCCUCCCGGCGCCGCGGUCCCCCCGUGCGCAACAGGGCGCGCGUCAUGGCGCACCGGGGUGGCCGGGCGCUCGCCGCCUUCCUCCUCGCUGUCACGGCGGCAGGCUUAAAUGUCUCCUGUGCCUCUUCACCUGGUCCACCUACUCCCUCAAGCACGGUUCCCUCAGAAACAACAGAAUUUAAUGAUUCCGCUGCUACAACCAGUGUUGGUCCUCCUUUGAGCACCCAGAAAGGAGCCUCCAUGACAGUUUCGCUGAGAUUUUCAACUCAGGAUAGCACCACUGCUUCUAACACCACAGUGGAAGCUUUGACUGCAAACCCCGUUUCAGCUGUAACGCCCCUGUCAAGAGCAACAGUCCCGGAUAGCUCAGCAGCAACCCAUUCAUCACCGCAGCCAAACACUGGAUUACAAACCACGGAAGACACAUCAGCCCCUGCGACAUCAGUUGCCGGCCUGGUCACAGGCGUCGCUCCUCACUCGGAAACCACACCAGUCAGCUCUUUGCCUACUCUAAAUGGCUCGCCCACCAACCCUUUUCCUACUAACGCCACCUAUCUAAGCACCACCCAAGUGCCGAGUGCAGGAACAUCUCCAGAAGCUAUGUCCUCCAGCAAACUCCCUACUGGAGAGGCAACAUCUGGAGAGACAUCUGUGGCAGCAUCCUCCCCGGGCUCCACGCAAGGGGCUACUAUUUCUUCGCAUGCGGCUAUGUCAAGUAAGGCUACUCCAGCGACCUCCCCUACUGGCAGCACCACGUUCUCGGUGGGGGUAACCAUACAGGAAGUUCAACGGGCCUUGAGUUCGGGCAGCAUCGCAGCUAUUACCAUCACAGUGAUUGCAGUGGUUCUGUUGGUGUUCGGCAUAGCCGCAUUCCUGAAGAUCAGGCAUUCUUCGUACGGAAGGCUCUUGGAUGACCACGACUAUGGAUCCUGGGGGAACUAUAACAACCCUCUCUAUGAUGACUCUUAAAUGGAGGAGAAUCCAUCAAAGCCAAAAACUGCUCGUGUAUUUAUGAAGCACUUAUUUCACUAAAAGCGCCAUGGUCCGAUAAUCCUUCUGCGUACAAUGUCCGUGUUGUUGCUCCUCCUGCUGUUUCUGUUGAUGCGUUGUCACCAUACCUUUUCGCAAGGCAGGCCCCAAACGGAAAACGAGCCAACCAGAGUGGAGCGUUCAGCAACAAAUCGGGCAAGAGUUGGAAUCCGUAGCUACGAGAAUACUUGCUCACGGGUGCCGUUGCCUCCAAACCCUAACGUUCUGCAAAGUGAUUAGGAUUCCUGCAAAAAGGAACAAAGUCAGUGGAAAGUUUCGCCACCUGUGGCCGUUUGGGCUCCCAGCAACUCGGUUGUAACAGGAAACCUGCAAUGAAGAAUGUGACCUUUUAGAGUUGUCAGAUAGCAAAAAUUCGUGGUAGAAGUUGCUCAGGUGUCUCCCAGAAUUAAACGGCAGAUCUUGAUUCUUGCUUUAAUUGCCUUUUCUGGCUUGUCUCCUUAAGAAAGUGUUCUGAUUAGAAUUCAGCUGAAGGUUGGAGCAACCUGAUAUAUCACUGAAGUUCUUAUUAAAUGUUUUGCUAAAGAAAGGCAGAAUGUCACAGUAAUAGGGGCUUUAGCCAGAAAUGGCAGUCUGGUUUCCUGCUCCCCUCCCCAGCCUUCUGUAGGGUCCAGUUCAUUGGGGCCUCCUUUCACAAAAAUCUAUUACAGUUUGGGCAGUUGUUUUUGGAAAUUUAUUGAAGCCCAGUGUUAAGUCAUGAGCCCACCAGCUCAUGGUAAAGUUAUUGUUACCUCCCAAAUACAGAGGCUCUCCAUGGAAGUGUCUCCAAUAAAGUUUGUUUUGUGGGGACCAUUUGGAAAAGCAAACUCUCAAGGGCUAUUUUUCCACACCCCAAGUUUGUCAGUUCAGACGUGUUUUCAGAAGUGUGUUAGAUAAGGGGGUCCUCGCCUUUUGAGCCCCUCUGUGCACAUACAGAUUAGGAAAAAGCAGAAAAAGCAGGUUCGCGAUGCAAAUGUAGCGAAGGCCAGCGGAUAAUUUGCAUUACGAAUCAAAACUUCUCAAGCCAAAUAGAAGUAAAACACCUCAUUCUGCAUUAUUGAGUUCCAGCCGAUGGCGGCUAACGUUAAGCUGAACCCUAGACACAAUCCUUUGAUGUAUUUUCCAUUAUAGAAAGAAGGAUUCCAUUUCAGAAAAGACAUUUUCAGUACUACAGUGUUGCUUUCUGCCUUCUCAGUAUGCAAAGUCUAGCAGUUGCUGUUUUUUUUAUCUCCUUCCCUUCCAUUUUUAAGGGCACAAAGCCAGUCUGCUGUCACAAUGAGGUUUGAACAACAUAUUAUGCAGAGUUGGGGGGGGGAUUCCCCUCCUUUUAUUUUUAUAUCAACCCAAAACAAGAUAGGGCAGCGUGUCUGUGGCUAGAUGCAGGGCAAGUGAGGAAGGAAGGAAAGAUUCUCGCACAUUUAAAAAGUUGCUGCUGUGCUGGAUGGCAGAGACACCGUAUGAACCUCCAGCAAAACACCUGUAUUUCUCUGUUUUUUCGUUUUUCUGUUUCGUAGCACUCUUGUCUCUGCAACUUUUUUGCAUUAAAAGCUGGACAGAGGAAGAUUCUUGUGCUAAACUCUUUAGUGCACAGUGUAAAGGGGGGAAAUUGAUUCCCCUCUCCCAGAGGCUAAACAGCUACUUGUUUGCACUACAAAUAAACUUUGACAAUAAUAAA